AUGACUAGAAAACACUCAGCCAUGUCAUAUAAUACUUCUUGUCUUCAAGUGCCUGUUAAUCCCUAUAGUCAACAACCUUCACCAUCAUAUGAAAGGAGAUUGGUUGCCACUCCUAAUACAGAAGAUGAAAGUUCACUAUCUAGAAAACUAUGCCCAAUGAGUAUGUCAACACGUCCUGCUUCUAGUAUGCACUCAUCCUCUAAGCAAAAUAUAAAACCCAAAGUGAAAAUGAAUAAAGAGGAUCCACAAAGUACCAAUAAUUCCCCAUUAGGUUCAUUUUUAGACUUCUAUGAAAGUAUUCCAGAUUACCAAGAUGUUACACAUCUUUCAGACAAGGAAUUUGAGGAAAAGCUGAAAUUACUUCGUGACAAACAAAAACAAUACCUGCACACUCUAAGUGACAGGUACAGUCCAAUAGAUUAUGAGUGUCAAGAGCAGGUAAAGAAACCAUGCAAGAGUUUGAAUAAAUUGGAAUUGGCAAAGGAGUGGGUUAACAAAUCAUGUGAUAGUAUUAGUUCGCUUGGAAGAAAGAGUGACAAUGACUUUAGGAUUAGAAGUUCAGAGAUAGAUGACGAAGUCAAUAAAGCAAACACUUUAGGUGGUAGCCCACGAAAGUAUGAUCAGUGUAAUUCCAAAGAUGAAACAGUUGGACUGCUAUUAGAGACAGGCUCAUCACUGUCAACCGACAGCAAAUUGUUGAAAAGUAAUACAUUGAGAUCAACUUUUGCUGUCGAUGGAGAGCAAAAGACUAAUACAACAAAUUCUGGUCAAGAAUGCAAUACCCCAUUCUUCAACGGUGGGAGAUCGGAAAGUUGCCAAGAAUUUCCCAACUACUAUAGAAUGAAAGACAGCCCCAUAAGUAACUAUGAAUUUUACAUCCCCAAAGAAGUCGCUCCCAAAAGUAAUGUAAAUGCUGUUUCAAAGAGGAAAGUUAGGCCAUCAUCAGGCCUGCACAGCUCAGGAACUUCAGAGUUAAACAUAAGAGACUGUAGUAGCUCUCUUGGUCAUGGACAUCAUGAUAUGAAUAAUUAUGAAGACUACUAUGUACCCACAUCAGGGUGGAUGCAGUCUGAUUCUGAUAGUAUGUUAGGAAUGAUGCACAAUAUUCCUACAACACGCCCAUCAAAUACAGUAUUUAAUCAGAGUCCAAUGACUGAGCGGGUAAACCCAGCAAAAGCUGGCUCAGCAAAGAAGAAAACACGGAGGAAAAGAAGAGGAUCCAAGUCAGUGACAAAGCCCGUGCCAUUCAGCUUCAUGAGUAAUGACAGACUUUACUCUCGAUCCACUCCGGAUUUAAGCAGCCACUGUCGUUCUCCAUCUCCAAAGAACUUCAGAGCCCGCCCCAUACCACGGAAUUUAUUUAGCAAUUAUAUUUACCAGAAGAAACAAGAGGAUGAAUUUUUUAGAGCGCUGAAACGCAAGGUGCGCGCCGAGGAGAUGCUGCGCGCCGCAUCCUUGCCGCCAUCCAUGGAGUUCCGCGAGCGGCUCGGCCGCGUCCAGGCAGAGGCGGGGGCGGCGGGGGCCGCGGGGCCGGCGAGCAGCAGCAGCGAGCGGAGCGGGCCCUCAGGCUCGGGCCCGGCGAGGGGGGCGGGCCCGACCAGCCCCCAGAGUACCGCCAGGGGGCGGGGGCGGCGCGGGAGACCUCGGCGGCCGCCCGACUUCACCAAGUGCCACGAGAAGAUGCGACAGGAGCUGUACGAGCGCCAGGGGCGGAACGUCACAACCAGCCCCUCCCCGUACAGCCUCCGCACGGCAAGCCUGUCGCCGAGGCGCAAGUGCUUGCAGGGCUCGGCCUCCUCCGGCUCCGACUCCCGGCGCUGCCGGCCUCGCUCCAGUACCGGCACCGGCAUGGACGGGUCCGCGACGAGCCGCAGCAACCUGGCGGCGCUGCUGCGCAUCCAGUCCGCCCGGCAGCGGCUGGAGGCCGAGCACCACCGCCUGCGCGAGGAGCAGCAGCGGCGCGCCGAGGUACGGCUCAAGGAGCGGUUGACGAGGCUCACGCCCGCCUGGCGCUCCAUCCAGUACUCGACGGAGGAGGACCUGGCGCUGCGGGCCGCGGCGCGCCGCCAGGAGGAGCGCGAGCAGCGCCGCGAGCACGGCCAGCUCAUGAGGCACAUGCUGCACCGCGUCCACACCAUCCCCACCCUGUUCGAGCGGCAGUCGGCGCACCGCCUGCUGUGCAGCGUGGACUUUUGCGGCAGCCCGGCCGCGCUCGACGACGAGGACGAGGAUGCCGCCGACGUCAAAGUGUUCGUGCCGCACGACGUCCAGGCCCCAAGGAGGCUGCCCCGGCCGUCGAGGCCGCGCGAGCGCCCCUGCAGCGCGGGGGCCGGGUCUGGCAGGCGCUCGGCGUGCUCCGUGUCCCCCGACAAGCUGCAGGGCCGUCGCCGUCACCGCGGCUCGCCACCCGUGUCCGCCGUGUCGGCGCUCCGCUCGCCGGACCGCCAGAGUGGCAGGCUGAGGAGCUACCACCGCCAGCUGCCGCACCGCGUCGAGUUCAGUGAGAGCCCGGCGCUCUCCGCCCACGGCGAGGACGACGGUGACGGCUACCCCGAGGAGGACGGCGGGGCCGGCGCGCCCUCGGCCAGAGACGGUGGGGAGGCUGGGGAAGGUUGAUAAGCUGCGCCAGCUGCGACGUCCCGAAGUCGUCAUUCACUUCACCGCCUGCAAAUAUUCGACCACUAUGUUGUCACACUCCCAUGUUAAAUCAUAUGGGAUCCAAACGCGCUGCACCGAACAACGCGCUUAAUGUAUAUUUUUCUCUUUCGUCACUUGUGUACAUUAUUUUGUGAGAAAAAUUUAAUGAAAAUGAAUAAAAUGUCAACACUUUACAGUCA